UGUAAUUUAUAAGUCAUCAUAUUUCAUCAUUUUACAUAUGUUACCGAUCAAAAUUUAUAUUUAGCCUACAUAUGUGGUUAAUUGGUAUUCAUGGUUCUUUAAAUGUAAUUCUGAGUAAACUAUGAAUUAAAAAUGACAAAGUGGUAAAGCUGAAUUUGGUGAUAAACACGUAAUGGCUCACUCUAUGUCUCUAUCCUAAAGCUUCUAUAAAUACCCGAACAUGUUAUUGUCUCUUAUAUCUAAUUAAGUGACUACAAACUCAAAACACACUGAUUGGCAAGGUUUACACACAAGUUUUUUUCAAAGGUCUUUUUACAAACGAAGAAUUCCAAAAUGGCCAGGGUCCAAUGUCUAGUUCUUCUUGGUUUAUUAGUGAUUUCAAGUUUACUUAUGUUAACGGAGAGCCGAGUGGCAAGAAAAGACUUGGGGAUUGACCUAGGUGGGAUUGGGGUCGGUCUAGGCGUUGGAUUGGGGAUUGGUCUUGGCGGUGGAUCAGGCUCUGGUUCUGGUGGUGCAGGUUCAGGUUCUGGAUCAUCAUCUAGCUCUAGUUCGUCAUCAAGUUCGAGUGGUUCAGGUGCCGGUUCAUUUGCUGGAUCUAGAGCUGGAUCUCAGAUCUCUUAGAAACACAAAGAGUUAUAAGAACAACUUUUCUUAGUAGCUUUAGAAACUACUCAAAACUUAAGCUCUCAAUAUGUUUCUUUCAGAUCAUAUGGAACACCUCUC